AUGUCCCCAACGAGUGACACGACAGCAGACAUGAAUAGGUCACAGUCUGCGGUCGAAUCACCGGCGCUGGAGCCCAUUGCGAUCAUUGGGUACUCAUGUCGACUUCCCGGCCAAGUCUCCUCCCCCAGUGAUUUAUGGGAGCUCUGCACAAGAGGGCGAAGCGGCUGGACGCCCAUCCCCAAGGACCGCUGGUCCGCAGAGGCUUUCUAUCAUCCGAAUGCUUCAAAACCGGGCACCAGUAACCAGGCUGGUGGCUAUUUCCUGGAUGAUGUUUCGCGAUUUGAUGCUCCAUUUUUCAACGUUAGUGCCCAGGAGGCCAUCUCUAUGGAUCCACAGCAGCGCUUCCUGCUAGAAUGUGCCUAUGAAGCCAUGGAGAGCGCCGGAAUUUCUCGGGAAUACAUGACCGGGCGUCGCAUCGGUGUCUUCAUUGGGGCAAAUUUUGCCGACUACGAGAUCAACAACAUCCGCGAUACAGAGACGACUCCCAUGUUCCAGGGGACGGGAGGAUACCCUGCGCUCCAGUCCAACCGAAUCUCCUAUAUGUUCGACCUGAAGGGGCCUAGUUUGACUGUUGAUACUGCUUGUUCGUCUUCUCUCGUGGCAUUGCACUCUGCUGUGCAGAGUCUGCGGAGCGGAGAAUCUACCGAAGCGCUUGUCGGUGGUUGCCAUUUACUUCUGACCCCCGACAACUCCAUUACGAUGUCGAUGCAGCAAUUGCUCAACGAUGAAGGGAAAACAUUUGCUUUCGAAGAGAGAGGGAAUUCUGGCUUCGCGCGGGGUGAAGGCGCAGGCAUGAUUAUGCUUAAAAGCCUUUCUGCAGCGCUGCGCGAUCGUGAUCCCAUCCGGGCUGUUAUUGCCCACUCAGGUGUCAACCAAGACGGCAAGACUAGGGGCAUUACUUGUCCCAAUGGCGUAGCUCAAGAAGAAUUGAUUCGACGGGUGUACGAGGAAGCAAACCUGAACCCGGCAGACUGUGGCUUUGUUGAAGCUCACGGCACAGGAACCGCAGUCGGGGACCCAAUUGAAGCGACGGCAAUUCAGGCAGUAUUUGGACAGGGGCGCACGGCGAGAAAUCCGCUCUAUGUUGGAUCGGUCAAGACCAACGUUGGACAUCUAGAAGGUGUCAGUGGCAUUAUAUCAGUCAUUAAGUCCGCCAUGAUGCUCGAGAGAGAACUCGUUCUUCCAAAUGCCGGCUACAAAAAGCCCAACCCUAAGAUCCCAUUCGCAGAGUGGCAUAUGAAGGUUGCCAACGGGACACGCCCUUGGCCCCGUGGCAAAAAGUACAUCAGUGUUUCCAAUUAUGGCUUUGGUGGCACCAACGCACACGUCGUUUUGCGGAAGGCCCCUUCGCAGGUAUCAAAGGAAGAAGAGACCGGUAUGAAGGAUAAGGAGAGUAAGCGCCGUUUGCUGUUAAUCUCCGCACACGACCGAGAGGCCCUUCGCACCAGGUGCAAGGAUUAUUGCAUCUACUUCGAGCAACGUCCCGAGGUCUUCGAAAACGCCUUGUUCAGUAACUUCGCUUACACCGUUGGAAGCAAACGGUCGCACCUGCCAUUCCGAAUUGCACUGUCCGCCACAUCGCUCGACGAUGCCGGUGUCCAACUGGCGCAGAUGAAGAUCAACCCAGCCCGCGCUAUUGGAGGCGACGGGCCUUCUGUUUCAUUUGUUUUCACUGGGCAGGGAGCCCAGUGGGCUCAGAUGGGUAUACCCCUUAUGGAUGAAUACCCCGUUUUUGCAGCCGCGGUCCACCGCGCCGACAAAUACCUGUCGGAAAAAUUGGGUGCAGACUUCUCACUUUGCGCAGAGUUGCAGCAAGAUGCUGAAAGAUCAAGAAUCAAUGCCCCCUACAUUAGUCAACCAGCCUGCUCUGCGCUGCAGAUUGCCCUUGUAGACUUGCUUCGCUCCUGGGGUAUCCAGCCAGCCUCAGUAGUUGGCCAUAGUUCUGGUGAAAUCGCUGCAGCAUAUGCAGCUGGAAUAUUCGACCUGGAGGGUGCCAUGACACUUGCAUACCGCCGUGGCCAGAUGACUGAGUUGUUGAGAAGCACUUACCCGGAUCUCAAGGGUACCAUGAUGGCCGUCGGGACCAGCGUCGAGGCCAUCCAACCAAUGAUGAAAACCAUCUCUUCUGGAUACGUCACCGUGGCCUGCAUCAACAGUCCCUCCAGUGUCACCAUUUCUGGUGAUGUCCCGGCCAUUGAGGAGCUACAGGGGAUUCUUGAAGAGAGGAAGAUCUUCAACCGUCGCCUGAUGAUCGAUGUGGCUUACCACUCCAACCACAUGACGAAGGUCAGUGAGGCAUAUUUGUCCUCCAUUGCAUCAGUACAGCCCUCGACAACUGCCACUGCUACCUUUUUCUCUUCCGUAGUCGGUGACAUAUGCAAGCCUACAGAUCUUGGCCCUGGCUAUUGGGUCCAGAACUUGACAUCACCGGUGCGAUUUGCUCAUGCUCUCGAAAAAAUGUGCUGUGCGGGAAACAGACCCAAUAUUAUGUUGGAGGUUGGACCUCAUUCUGCUCUCAAGGGCCCAAUACUCGAUACCCUCAAAGCCCUGGGCACAUCGGUUGCCUCUGAAGUUGGAUAUGCCCCGACGGUAGUCCGGAAGGUCGACCCUUCCCAAUCAAUCCUCGACGCUGCGGGCGCCGUUUACGUGCGUGGUGGGUCUCUCAACAUUAAUGAGAUCAACUUCCCCUGCAGUGGCACUGGGACUUGCAAUGUCCUCGAUGAUCUACCGAGGUACCCGUGGCAACAUGAUACAGUAUUCUGGCACCGCUCCCGUAUCAGCGAGAAGCAGCGAUUCCGCGAUGGACAGAGGAACGACAUUUUGGGCACCGAAGCAUUCUACUCCAAUGACCUGGAGCCGACAUGGAGGAAUAUUGUUCGCCUCGACGAUAUCCCUUGGCUCCGCGACCAUAAGAUGCAGGACAUGAUUGUGUAUCCAAUUGCUGGUUACAUCAGUAUGGCCAUUGAGGCCGCUCGGACACGAGCAGAGAAGUCCGGUACGGUAGCCGCCGAGCUGCAGUUUGAACUACGCGAAGUGAGCGUGGGCACUGCCCUGGUCCUCACUGACGACCUCGAUACCGAGAUUACCAUUACCCUUCGGUCUCAUGUUGAAGGCACGCGUGGCACCUCCAAUGCCUGGGAUGAAUUCCGCAUUUGCUCUUGGAAUUCCAAGCGGAAUUGGAUUGAUCAUUGCACGGGUCUUGUAAGAGCUCGCCCCAACAGAAAGAACCGAAAGCAAAAUCCGGUCGCAAACUGUGUGGAGGUGGAGGAGGAGAUCUUUCGGAGGAAGACCAGUGAGGUGAUGGGCGCGGCGACAUACGAGAUUGAUGUCGAGAAUAUGUACAGGGUCCUCACCGAUGUCGGCGCCGGCUAUGGCGUAGCCUUUCAGGGAGUUGAGAACUGCCUCUCUGGGCCUCAUCACUCGCGGGCAAACCUGAAUCCUCGCGAUACUCAGUCAUUCAUGCCAAAGAGCUACGAAGCUCCCGUUGUCAUCCACCCCACGCUUUUAGAUGCUCUCCUGCAUCUGACCUGGCCAAUUCUUGGUAAGGGUCGGAUGGAGCUGGACACUCUGCACGUCCCUACCCUUAUCGAGGAUCUUGUCAUCGAUGGAAACAUUGCUUCGAUCGGUCCCAAACUUCCGGCCUGGUGUAUGCGAACUUCUGGCAGGGGCACGCCGGAGCCCACCAAGUUCGACUUGUGGAUUACUCCUGCAGACUCUAGUGAGGUGUUGAUCAACAUGGAGGGGUUGGUAAUGACCCCAAUCGACGAUGCUGGAUGCGAUAAUAAGGUGGCCCACGACCUAUGCUAUCAGCUACAAUGGAAGCCCUGGACUGAGGUCGAAGCAGAGACUGUUGAAGAGGUGACUGAGGCGAAGGGAUCCAAUGGCCAUACGAAUUCCCACGUCAUUGAACAUACCAACGGACACCGGCAUGGAAUUUAUUGUCACCAUCACAAAUCCCAAGACGAACUCUUAGUUGUCAGAUUUGGCGAGUGUGUACUUGCAGCUGAGCAAGUACAGGAGGUCAUCUCUACCGAAGCCAUCCGAUGGUCGACCUCGAUUUCGUCGCUGAGUGAGGUCGACACGAAGCAGAAGCGCCAGCAUGUUAUCAUCCUGCAGACCGGAACCAAGACUCUGCGUGACCUUGAUGAGGCAGACUUUACAAACAUACAGAAUCUCCUUCUCAACUCUACAAAUCUGAUUUGGGUUUACCGCAAUGACACGCCUGACUUUCAGAUGAUCGUUGGUCUUGUCCGUAGCUUGCGCUCCGAAACCGCUGCCCAUAUUGCCACCCUUGGACUGGGCGCUGAGGAUCUGGGAAAGCCGGCUGGCCCUAUUUUGGCCGCUAUAAAGGCUCUUUGGCCAGCCGAUGGGUCUGUCAAACCCUGUACUGACUUUGAGUUCAAGACCCAAAAUGGCCAGCUUAUGGUCCCCCGUAUCAUGGACGAUAACGCCCUCAACACCUUCGUGAGAAAGGAGACCAGUGACGAUCUCACCCUCGAACCUCAGCCAUUCGCUCAGCCAGGCCGCCGCUUCAAGCUUGAAAUUGGAAAUCACGGCGCUCUCGAUACCAUGUACUUUACAGACGACCAUGUCCAGGCCCUGGCGGAUGAUGAAAUCGAAAUUGAGGUCCAUGCCACUGGUCUUAACUUCAAGGAUGUUGCGGUCGCCAUGGGACAACUCGUCCAGCCGUACGUUGGUAUCGAGUGCAGUGGUGUCGUCUCAUCCGUUGGCAAAAAGGUUACCAAUCUGAUGGUUGGCGAGCGUGUCAUGGCUCUGCCCCUUGGCGCAUACUCUACCUUUGCCCGCUGCAAGGCAACCAGCGCGACUGCCAUCCCCAAGAACCUUUCAUUCGAAGUUGCCGCCAGCAUUCCCGUCAUCUUCUGUACCGCAUAUUACGCCCUCUACGAGCUAGCUCGCCUCCAACACGGAGUCGGCGAGAAGGUUCUCAUCCACGCCGCCGCCGGUGGUGUCGGCCAGGCUGCCAUCAUGCUGGCCCAGAUCGCCUCGGCCGACAUCUACGCGACCGUUGGAAGCGCUGAGAAGAAAGAGCUCCUUAUCACAAAGUACGGUCUCCGUGCAGACCACAUCUUCUACAGUCGUGAUGCGUCCUUUGGCCGCAGCCUUCGCGAGCUCACAGGCGGCGGUGUCGACAUCGUACUCAACUCCCUUGCUGGGGAUCUCCUCCGCGAAAGCUGGGAGUGCCUCGCGCCCUUUGGCCGAUUCAUCGAGAUUGGAAAAGCGGACAUCACCAAAAAUACGCGCCUAGACAUGCUGCCUUUCGAGCGCAACCUCUCAUUCCACUCGGUUGACCUUACCAAGGUCGCGGCCUUCAAGCCUAGGUUAAUGCAUCAGCUGCUGGACAAGGUUUCCUGGCUUCUGGCCCAGGGCUUCAUUCACUCCGUCUUCCCUCUUACCGUCUGCCCCAUGGCUGAGAUCGAGGCCGCCUUCCGUGCCUUGCAGAGCGGAAAGGCGAUGGGUAAAACUGUCGUCGUGCCGAGAGAAGGCGAUCAGGUCAAAGCUGUGGUCGCUAAGACGCGCGAUGACAUUCUCAGAGCUGACGCUACCUACAUCGUUAUUGGGGGUACCGGUGGUCUUGGUCGAAGCAUAGCGAGGUGGAUGGCACAGAAGGGCGCUCGCAAUAUUGUGCUUGCGUCCCGACGCGCCGUUGUAGACACCCCCGUACAGACAUUAAUGGAUGCUCUGCAUCCGAGCGGCACAAAAGUAGUCGUGAAGGCUUGUGACGUGAGUAAUCGCACGUCCGUCGACGCCAUGCUGAAGGACUUGGCCGACCUUCCGCCAAUCCGCGGCGUUGUCCAUGGUGCAAUGGUUCUUCGGGAUACCCUCUUCGAGAACAUGCAGCUCGCGGAUUUCCAGGCUGUGACGGACAGCAAGGUCUCAGGAGCCUGGAACCUCCACGACGCCCUCAAACCCCACCAUCUUGACUUCUUCAUCGCACUCUCUUCUGUCUCCGGUGUGAUCGGUAACAAAGGACAAGCAGCCUAUGCCGCCGCAAAUGUCUUCCUAGACGGCUUCAUGGAGUGGCGCCGUAGCCAAGGUCUCCCCGGCACAAGCCUCGCCCUGACGGCGGUAAGGGAUGCAGGCUACCUCGCCUCAGUAGACUCCGCGCGCCGGGCAGAGGUCCUGCGCACCAUUGGCACAGAGGGCAUGACCGAGGCGGAAGUGUUGGCGCUGCUGGCCGCGGCUGUGACGGGCGACCUGGCCCAUCAGGCAAUCAUUGGGCUGGCGUCUUCGACGCGAGAGCCCCUCUGGCCGCAAGACGCCAAAUUUGAUCUCCUCACUCCUAAGUCCCUCAAGGGUAAUGGAGAGGCAGCCGACGAUGAGGUUUCCCUACCGCUGCACGUGCAGAUCGCCCACGCAGCCUCCAAGGAAGAGAAAGUGCGGAUCUGCUACGUGGCUUUGGCGGCCAAGCUGGCUCAGGUACUGGUCUUGAACCAGGAGGACAUCGAGCCAUCGCUUUCUGUAUCUGCGCUGGGUCUCGACUCGCUGGUUGCUAUUGAGAUUCGGAGUUGGAUUGCACGCGAGGCAAGGGCUAAUGUGCAGGUGUUGGAGCUUCUGUCUACGGGUUCGUUAGGAGCGGUGGCUGAGCUUAUUGUGGGUAAGUCGGGGAUGUAA